AUGGUCUUCUCUCUCGACUCCUUCUCUCUUCGUGUUUGUGUUCACCUCGAUGUGCAGUUCCUUUGUUUGUUUGACCAGACCGUUCGUGCUCUAAUUACAUUAAUCUUACUCACUUUCGUUGCACCGUUAUGUACGGACACGUUUGGUCGUUACAGGCACAGCACAACUGCCAAAGACGUUUACCAUCCUCAUCAGAAACGAAAUAACAGCAGAAACGACCAUAACAGCAACGCACGCAAUCCACGUCGGGAGCGGAAACAGUUCAACGACUUUGGCAACAGGAGAGAUCCAGCUCACCUGACGGUUCCACCUUGCAAGAUUGACCACCGUGAAUUCAACGCUCCAGCACGUAACGAUGAUGCAGAGAAUAUCUCCGCUGUACGUGUACAAGAGUCGAUCGCCAGCCGUGCUUCCCGCCGCCGCAUCCUCCAGGGGGUUAUGUCUCCAUGCGAAAGAACAAAGUACGGGCAAUAUCCACCCUAUGCGCUAUGCUUGCCCAGAAUCCUAAAAACCCUAGCCGGCCCUUCCCAGGUCUCUCACGCGCCUUACAUUGGUCUGGAACGCUAUCUUCGCGAUAUGCAUCCCCGUCUUGUGCGCGUAAGCGGUGCUCAUUCACAUCUCAACAGUCGCGACAGAGCGUCUGACUAG